UGACUUUCAAAUCUGUUUUUGAUGCUCAUAUGAGAACUCAUACGAGUGAAAAGCCGUUUUCAUGUGUGAACUGUGGGAUAAGUUUUAAUCGAAAGCAGAGUUUAACUGAGCACAUGAGGAUUCACACUGGUCAAAAGCCGUUUACAUGUAUGACCUGUGGAAAAAGUUUUGGUUAUAAACUGACUUUAACUCGGCACAUGAUGAUUCACACUGGUCAAAAGCCGUAUUCAUGUGUGAACUGUGGAAAAAGUUUUAGUCAAAAACCGAAUUUAACUCAGCACAUGAUGAUUCACACUGGUGAAAAGCCGUUUUCAUGUGUGACCUGUGGAAAAAGUUUUAGUCUAAAACAGAGUUUAACUGAGCACAUGAUGAUUCAUACUGGUGAAAAGCCGUUUACAUGUGUGAACUGUGGGAAAAGUUUUAAUCGAAAACAGAGUUUAACUCAGCACAUGAUGAUUCAUACUGGUGAAAAGCCGUUUUCAUGUGUGACCUGUGGAAAAAGUUUUAGUCUAAAACAGAGUUUAACUCAGCAUAUGAUGAUUCACACUGGUGAAAAGCCGUUUUCAUGUGUGACCUGUGGGAAACGUUUUAGUCAAAAACAGAAUUUAACUAAGCACAUGAUGAUUCACACUGGUGAAAAGCCGUUUUCAUGUGUGACCUGUGGGAAAAGUUUUAUUCGAAAACAGAGUUUAACUAAGCACAUGAUGAUUCACACGGGUGAAAAGCCGUUUUCAUGUGUGAACUGUGGAAAAGGUUUUAGUCAAAAACAGAAUUUAACUAAGCACAUGAUGAUUCACACUGGUGAAAAGCCGUUUUCAUGUGUGAACUGUGGAAAAAGUUUUCUUCAAAAACCGCAUUUAACUAGGCACAUGAUGAUUCACACUGGUGAAAAGUCAUUUUCAUGCGUGAACUGUGGAAAAAGUUUCAGUGGAAAAUAUAAUUUAACUGAGCACAUGAGGAUUCACACUGGUGAAAAGCAGUUUUCAUGUGUGACCUGUGGAAAAAGUUUUUUUCAAAAACAUGACUUAACUCGUCAUGUGAUGAUUCACACUGGUGAAAAGCAGUUUUCAUGUGUGACCUGUGGGAAAAGUUUUAUUCGAAAACAUGAUUUAACUCAGCACAUGAUGAUUCACACUGGUGAAAAGCCGUUUUCAUGUGUGACCUGUGGAAAACGUUUUAGUCAUAAAGCGAAUUUAACUAAGCACAUGAGGAUUCACACUGGUGAGAAGCCGUUUUCAUGUGUGAACUGUGGAAAAUGUUUUAUUCAGAAAUCAAAUUUAACUACGCAUCUGAUGAUUCACUCUGGUGAAAAACCAUUUUCAUGUGUGAACUGUGGAAAAAGUUUUGGUGACAAACGGAAGUUAACUCAGCACAUGAGGAUUCACACUGGUGAAAAGCCGUUUUCAUGUGUGACCUGUGGAAAAAGUUUUAUUCGAAAACAGGAUUUAACUGAGCACAUGAUGAUUCACACUGGUGAAAAGCCGUUUUCAUGUGGAAAUUGUGGAAAAAGUUUUUGUCAAAAACAAAAUUUAAUUCAGCACAUGAGGAUUCACACUGGUGAAAAGCCUUUUUCAUGUGUGACCUGUUUAAAAAGUUUUAGUAAUAAACAUAAUUUAACUAAGCACAUGAUAACUCAUACGAGUGAAAAGCCGUUUUCAUGUGUGACCUGUGGGAAAAGUUUUGGUUAUAAACUGGCUUUAACUCGGCACAUGAUGAUUCACACUGGUCAAAAGCCGUAUUCAUGUGUGAACUGUGGAAAAAGUUUUAGUCAAAAACCGAAUUUAACUCAGCACAUGAUGAUUCACACUGGUGAAAAGCCGUUUUCAUGUGUGACCUGUGGAAAAAGUUUUAGUCUAAAACAGAGUUUAACUGAGCACAUGAUGAUUCAUACUGGUGAAAAGCCGUUUACAUGUGUGAACUGUGGGAAAAGUUUUAAUCGAAAACAGAGUUUAACUCAGCACAUGAUGAUUCAUACUGGUGAAAAGCCGUUUUCAUGUGUGACCUGUGGAAAAAGUUUUAGUCUAAAACAGAGUUUAACUCAGCAUAUGAUGAUUCACACUGGUGAAAAGCCGUUUUCAUGUGUGACCUGUGGGAAAGGUUUUAGUCAAAAACAGAAUUUAACUAAGCACAUGAUGAUUCACACUGGUGAAAAGCCGUUUUCAUGUGUGACCUGUGGGAAAAGUUUUAUUCGAAAACAGAGUUUAACUAAGCACAUGAUGAUUCACACGGGUGAAAAGCCGUUUUCAUGUGUGAACUGUGGAAAAGGUUUUAGUCAAAAACAGAAUUUAACUAAGCACAUGAUGAUUCACACUGGUGAAAAGCCGUUUUCAUGUGUGAACUGUGGAAAAAGUUUUCUUCAAAAACCGCAUUUAACUAGGCACAUGAUGAUUCACACUGGUGAAAAGUCAUUUUCAUGCGUGAACUGUGGAAAAAGUUUCAGUGGAAAAUAUAAUUUAACUGAGCACAUGAGGAUUCACACUGGUGAAAAGCAGUUUUCAUGUGUGACCUGUGGAAAAAGUUUUUUUCAAAAACAUGACUUAACUCGUCAUGUGAUGAUUCACACUGGUGAAAAGCAGUUUUCAUGUGUGACCUGUGGGAAAAGUUUUAUUCGAAAACAUGAUUUAACUCAGCACAUGAUGAUUCACACUGGUGAAAAGCCGUUUUCAUGUGUGACCUGUGGAAAACGUUUUAGUCAUAAAGCGAAUUUAACUAAGCACAUGAGGAUUCACACUGGUGAGAAGCCGUUUUCAUGUGUGAACUGUGGAAAAUGUUUUAUUCAGAAAUCAAAUUUAACUACGCAUCUGAUGAUUCACUCUGGUGAAAAACCAUUUUCAUGUGUGAACUGUGGAGAAAGUUUUGGUGACAAACGGAAGUUAACUCAGCACAUGAGGAUUCACACAGGUGAAAAGCCGUUUUCAUGUGUGACCUGUUUAAAAAGUUUUAGUAAUAAACAUAAUUUAAUUAAGCACAUGAUGCGUCACACAGUUGAAAAGCUGUAGAAUUAUGUUCCAUGAAUGUCCUAUGUUGUAUUUGUUAAAUGUGAUCAUUUUGAUCUUCACAUUUGGAUACUUGUAGAUGUUCAACCAUGACACAUUUUCCUUCUUUGAUGUUUUAUUUUUCUGGUAUAUUCUGUAUCAAAAAACAAUAAUG